AUGCCUGAAGAUAAAAUGGAAAUUCGACUAGACGCGGAUGUCUUUCAUAAGAGAGCGAAACAUUUCCUUUCAAUUUGGAGGGUAAGUAAAAAACACCUCAAACUUGCAAAUUUUAACGCAAGAUUUGAGUCAUCGCAAAAUAAGGAAGCAAACGGCGAGCUUUUUCAAGGUGUAAAUUCAAUUCUUGUUGUAGUGGGAGAAAUCAUGGAAGAAUAUCCUUAUCAAAAAUCUACCGCGAUUCAGCAAUGGCUCUUAGGCUAUGAAUUCACCGACACUCUAAUCCUUUUUACUCAAGAUAAAAUUCAUUUCAUAGUAAAAGAAAAGAGAGCCGAAGUCUUUGAACAGCUGCGACAAGGAGAUCGACAAGUUCCUAUUGAAAUUCAUAAGCGAAGUAAAGAUCCAUCACAUAAUCAAACUCUUUUUGAACAAAUUAUUUCGAAGAUUUCUGAAGGAGAACAGAAACGCGUUGGAUUAUUAUUGAAAGAUAAGACAUCAGGAAGUUUCGUCCAAGAAUGGCAAAAUGUUUAUAAAAAUUUCAAAACAAAUUUUGAGGAAGUGGAUAUCGCUUCAGGAAUAGCUGCCGUCUUAGCUGUAAAAGAUGAUGAUGAACUGAAAACAACACGAAUGGCGUGCAAAAUAAGUACUGCGAUGAUGUAUCGGUUCAUUAAUGUGGUAUCUUCCGUUAUUGACGAAGAAAAGGAAAUAUCACAUGAGCAACUAUCGGAAGACAUAGAAAAUAUGUUAUAUACUAAAGAUGAAAAGUGGCUCACAAGUCAAAAAAGUCUUCAAGAUGUUGAUUUUAACCGGACAGACGUGUGUUAUGCUCCAAUCAUACAAAGCGGUGGUGUUUACGAUUUCAAACCUUCUGCCCAAUCCAAUACUGAUAAAUUGCAUGAUGGAACGAUUCUUUGUUCCCUGGGUGUUCGAUACAAAUCGUACUGUUCGAAUAUUGGCAGAACCAUUUUGAUAGAUCCAACUAAGGAACAAGAAAAAAAUUAUGAGUUUCUUUUGGAUAUACAAAGACGCACAUUAGAAUUGUUGAAGGACGGGCAAAAGAUCGGUGAUAUAUAUUCAAGAGUAAUGAAUUUUGUUAAGAAUAAACGUCCUGAUCUUGCUGAUAAAUUUGUUAAAAGCCUUGGACACGGAAUGGGAAUUGAGUUCAGAGAGUCUGCGUAUAAUUUGACUCAAAGGAAUACCAAAUAUCUCAAAGCCGGCAUGGUGUUAAAUUUGUUUAUUGGAUUUAUAGACCUUGAAAAUCCCAAAUCCACAGACGAAAAGAGCAAGACUUACUCGCUAUGGGUAAUAGAUACUGUCAAAGUCAGCAAUAGUUCUUCUCAGCUACUAACAGAAGGAAACAGGGCAUUAGAUAGUAUUUGCUUUUCUCUAAAAGAUGGUAACGAGAGUGAUCAUGAGGCAAAGAAAGAAAAUGAACAACCAAAAAAGCCUUUAGAGACCAAAAGAAACACUAAUAGAAAGAGUACGGUGUUGAGAACAAAAUUCCGAAGCGAAGAAAAGGAUGAUGAGUCACAAGACCAAAGGCGUAAGAAACAUCAAGAAGAAUUAGCAAUUCGAAAGCAAGCAGAUGGACUUGCUAGGUUCAGUGAAAAAUCAAACGAAAAAACCAGUCAACAUAAAGCCGUUUUUAGAUCAUUUGAAAGUUAUAAAAGGGACACAGCAUUACCGAAAGAAGUCAAGGAUUUGAAGAUUAUUGUAGAUUCAAAGAACGAAUCAAUUAUUUUACCGGUUUUUGGAUUUGCAGUCCCUUUCCAUAUAUCUACAUUGAAAAAUGUGAACAAGUCAGAAGAAGGAGAAUACGUUUAUCUGCGUUUAAAUUUUAUGACACCCGGUCAGGCGACAGGAAAAAAGGAAGAUAAUCCUUUUGAUGAUCCGAAUGCAAACUUUAUUAGGGCAUUCACCUAUCGAAGUACAGAUCCAUUACUAUCUGAGAUUUAUAAAAAAAUUAUUGAACUCAAAAAAGCAGCUGCCAAAAGAGAGACCGAAAGGAAGGAGAGGGAAGAUUUGGUAGAUCAAGGGAAGCUGGUUGAGAUGAAAGAUAAUAAACUUCCAGCAGGUCGGAGGCCUACACACCGUUUAUCGGACGUGUUUGUACGACCCGGUCUAGAAGGAAAGCGCGUUCCUGGUGAACUCGAGAUUCACGAAAACGGAUUAAGGUAUCAUUCACACCGUACCACCCAAAAAUUAGAUAUUUUGUUUAGCAAUAUUAAACACUUGUUCUUCCAACCAUGUGACAAUGAGCUUAUUGUACUAUUGCAUAUACACCUUAAUAAUCCUAUCAUUCAUGGCAAGAAAAAGACCAAGGACAUACAGUUUUACCGUGAAGCGUCAGAUGUUCAAUUUGAUGAAACAGGCAAUCGAAAGCGGAAAUAUCGUUAUGGUGAUGAAGAUGAGCUUGGGGCCGAACAAGAGGAACGGCGUAGAAGAACAUUGCUAAACAAAGAAUUCAAGAAUUUUGCCGAAAAGAUCGCAGAAUUGAGCGAAGGGAGUGUUGAAGUCGAUAUUCCAUUCCGUGAAAUUGGCUUUCAAGGCGUUCCUUUCAGAACUAAUGUUCUGUUACAACCCACAACUGAAUGUCUUGUUCAUCUUACGGAUCCACCAUUCUUGGUAGUACCACUAGCAGACAUCGAAAUCGCACAUCUAGAACGAGUUCAGUUUGGAUUAAAAAAUUUCGAUCUUGUGUUUAUUUUUAAAGAAUAUUCUCGUCCUCCUGUUCAUAUAAACACUAUCCCAAUGAACAAACUAGAAAAUGUUAAAGAUUGGUUAGACUCUGUGGAUAUAAACUUUUACGAAGGCCCCCAAAAUUUAAAUUGGGCUCAAAUCAUGAAAACGAUCAAUUCGGAUCCAGCCGAUUUUUUCGAACAGGGAGGGUGGUCAUUUUUAAAAUUACACAAUGAGAACGAAGAUUCUGCUGCAUCUUCGGACUCUGCAAGUGAAUACAUGCAAAGUGAGGAUUCUUAUGAGGAAAGUUCUAGUGACGACAGUAGUCUUGAUGAAGAUGCAUCCGAUGUUUCUUCUGGUUCAGAAUCUGAGGAAAGUGAUGAAUCAGCCCCAGAUUGGGAUGAGCAUGAAGAAAAGGCUCGCAGGGCUGACGAACGCAAACACGGAACAAACCGUGGUGAUGAAUCCGAAGACGAUCGUGGAAAGAGCAAAAAGUAUCGUCGUUAA